AUGUCAUCGCAACAAGAUAUGAACAGUCUGCUGCAUGCUAUGCAUGCACAGAUUGCUACAUUGACCUCGCAACUCGCCGAGUUGCCGAAUAACCCUCCUGUGGCAACCCCCUUGGUAGAGAAAAAGUUCAACAAGAAAGUCGAAGUCGUCGCUGACCCCGGCGCCUUCGAAGGAGACAGAGCGCGAUUUGCUGAAUGGUGGAUCAAGCUCCAGAUUUGGGUCAAGGCAAACUGGGACGUGUUUGCCAACAAUUUUGUGGUAGCCACUGCGGAGUGCUACACUGCGGGAGUGUGGCCCACCUGGGACGAUCUCAAGAAAGAGAUUGAAAAAUAUUUCAAACCGAUGGAUGAUUAUGUUACCCGGUUCCUGGCCCUCUCUAUCCAAGGGGGCUUAGGUAAUGAACACGCAGUAGAACUGCUGGAACGCAAUGUGAACCCUCGCAUUGCAGAACGGAUCUACUUGCAGGAUACAAGGAACGAGAACUUGGCCCUGGUGGCUGAGGAAGUACGAAGAAUCAGUAGAGCCAUGGAGCUUUACCAAAUGCACCAAGGUGGCGGGUCCACCACCAAAAACAACGAAUCCCAGAGGCGCCCUGGGUCAUCAAACCAAAAUAAACACUCUCACGGGUUCCAGCCGUUUGGGCUGCAACCAGGUCGGGGUGCUCCAAUGGAAAUUAGUGCGGUCCAGGGCGGACAGAAGCGCAGAUUCACCUGCUUCAACUGUGGGCAGGAGGGGCACAUGGCACGUGACUGCAGAAACGGAGUGCAGGCCGCUCAACAAAAAAAUAACCAAGGGCGCCAGGCGCGCCAAUUAGAGUCCGAGACACCGGACGAUUGGCUCCAGACUCUGGCCGGUCGUUCAUACAACAAAAUCUGGGCCUUCUUCUAUGACCAACAGGUCUAUGAAAUGAAGGCUCAGGGAAAAGAGUUCGGAGCUUAG